AUGUCCAUCCAGACUGUCUCCUUCCAAUCCUUUACUGACCAGAAGCCGGGAACCUCCGGUCUUCGUAAGAAGGUCAAGGUCUUCCAGCAGCCCAACUAUUCCGAAUCUUUCAUCACCAGCAUCCUUCUCUCCAUCCCUGAAGGCGCUAAGGACGCCUUCCUCGUCAUUGGUGGCGAUGGCCGUUUCUAUAACCCCGAGGCCAUCCAGAAGAUCGCUAAGAUCAGUGCCGCCUAUGGCGUCAAGAAACUCCUUGUCGGCCAGAACGGCAUCUUGAGCACCCCCGCUGCCAGUAAUCUUAUCCGUGUACGGAAGGCCACCGGUGGCAUUCUGUUGACUGCCAGCCACAACCCCGGUGGUCCUAAUGCCGACUUUGGUAUCAAGUACAACUUGUCCAACGGUGCCCCCGCCCCCGAGACAGUCACCAACAAGAUCUACGAAACCUCCAAGACCCUCACCUCCUAUAACUAUGCUGAGAUCCCAGAGAUUGACCUUUCCAGCAUUGGCUCCAAAACCUACGGCCCAUUGGAGGUCGAGGUUGUUCACUCGACGACCGACUAUGUCAAGAUGAUGAAGGAGAUUUUCGACUUCGACCUGAUCAAGGAGUUCCUCAGCACUCACAAGGACUUCAAGGUUCUGUUUGACGGCAUGCACGGUGUCACCGGCCCCUACGGCGUCGAUAUCUUCGUCAACGAGCUGGGUCUGCCCAGCAGCAGCACCAUGAACUGUGUCCCUAGCCCUGACUUCAACGGUGGUCACCCUGACCCCAACCUGGUCUAUGCCCAUGAGCUGGUUGAGGCCGUUGACAAGAACGGUAUCCACUUCGGUGCCGCUAGCGAUGGUGACGGUGACCGCAACAUGAUCUACGGUGCUAACACCUUUGUGUCCCCCGGUGACAGCUUGGCCAUCAUCUCCCACCACGCCAAGCUGAUUCCCUACUUCCAGAAGCAGGGUGUUUACGGUUUGGCCCGCUCCAUGCCCACCUCCGGUGCUGUUGACCUGGUUGCCAAGGCGCAGGGUUUGCAGAGCUACGAGGUGCCCACCGGCUGGAAAUUCUUCUGCAACUUGUUCGACAACAAGAAGAUCUCGAUCUGCGGUGAGGAGAGCUUCGGUACUGGUAGCAACCAUAUCCGUGAGAAAGAUGGUUUGUGGGCCAUCGUCGCCUGGCUGAACAUCAUUGCUGGUGUGGCCAAGCAGAAGCCGGACCAGACCCCCAGCAUCGCGUCCAUCCAGAACGACUUCUGGCAGACCUAUGGCCGUACUUUCUUCACCCGCUACGACUACGAGAACGUCGACAGCGAUGGUGCCAACAAGGUUAUUGCUAUCCUUUCCGACAAGGUCGCCAACAAGGACAGCUUCGUUGGUUCUACCGUGUCCGGCCGCAAGGUCACCGAUGUGGGCAACUUCUCCUACACCGAUCUGGACGGCAGCGUAUCCAAGAACCAGGGCCUAUAUGCUAAGUUCGAUGAUGGCAGCCGCAUCAUCGUCCGUUUGUCCGGCACCGGCAGCAGCGGUGCCACGAUCCGUCUGUACAUUGAGAAGUACGAGAGCGACAAGAGCAAGUUCGGCCUGACUGCGUCCGAGUACCUGAAGGACAACGUUGCUCUCGCCCUCUCUCUGCUCAACUUCAAGGAGUUCAUCGGCCGCGAGGAGCCUGACGUCCGCACUUAA